AUGCUGUUCAUCACUGAGCAGCUUUCCCAUGUGCUCUUGACAGACACCCUGCACGUGGCAAAAUUACAAAGCUGCUUGAACUUACAGAUGAGCAGUAAUCCCAAUAGUGCAAGGGUUUCUGCUUGUGCAGUGGGACCCCACUGCCCCUUGUGCCCUCAAAUCUGCUGCACAGUUGGGAGAACCAGUCAGACAGAUUUAGGGCACUCACAGGGGGAAAUGGUCCAUUAUGCAAGCAAGAAAUCCUUGCUGUACAUUGGAUUUCACCCAGUAUGUGUUACCACCAAAAACACCAUUUAUGUUUAA